CCUCACUUACCUGACACCUCAGAGAGAUAAUCUCACCUUCUCUAACCAAUUUCCUAUUUUACUCAGUGAGUUGAGUGAGUUGGGUGAGAGAUAAAAUAGUAACAAAUCGAUUCGUAACAAAACCACGGAAAUCAUUCAAGUCCUACGUUCAGUUUCAGAAAAGUUUUUGCUGCUUCAAGUCUCAACGAGCCACGAGCAACUCGAGAAGUUGACUGUGAAAGUUAAUUGUCCAAGUUAGUUCACGAUUCAUCCUCUUUUGUGAUAAUUUCCAGUUGAAGCUCAUACCAAAGAGAAAUCCUUAUUUCAGCUUUAUCCACAUCAAACUACAAUGGACCCAAUUAAUAGACCAACGAGAGUGAUCAACAAUCAGAGACAAUCAAUGACAAAAUCUGAGUCGAGUGGCUAUCAUGUGCCCGUUAAACGAAGUCGAAGUGUUGUUACGUUUCCAUCUGCCGUUCUUCGUGAAAAAGCAAUCAUUUGGGGAAUUCCUGUUGAAAGCUUUGAAUUUGCUCAGCGAAUGGACAAUGAAGAUCCCUUAUCACAGUUCCGAAAACUUUUUUGCUUCCCCAAAAAACGAGAUUUACCUUAUGUUGAUCCUGACCGCAUAGAAGAGAAUGCUGAAGCAAUUUACUUGUGUGGCCAAUCCUUGGGCUUGAAACCAAAAUCAGCAGAUAAAUAUUGUCGUGAAGUUCUUGAUAAUUGGGGUCGUAAAGGAGUCCAUUCUCAUUUCGAUGGAUCUUUGCCAGCAGCAUUGUGUGACAUUCCUCCUAAAUUGCCCAUGUCUAAAUUAGUUGGUGCAUUACCUGGCGAGGUUGCAGUAAUGAAUGGAUUAACCGUCAAUCUUCACCUUUUGCUGGCAACUUUUUAUCGACCAACAGCUCAGAGGUAUAAGAUUAUGAUAGAGGAACAUGCAUUUUCAUCAGACAUGUAUGCAGUUAAAUCACAUCUCACUCUUCAUGGUUAUCCAGUGGAAGAAAGUUUACUUCUCUUCAAACCUCGAAUGGGGGAGCACUUACUGCGAGAAGAAGAUAUUAUCUCAAUAAUUAAGGAAUCUGGUAACUCUGUGGCUGUCCUGCUUCUUCCAGGAAUCAAUUAUUAUACUGGUCAGUUCAUGAACAUCAAAAAGAUAACCCAAGCUGCUCAUGAGAAAGGCAUUAUUGUCGGUGUUGAUGCAGCUCAUGCUGCUGGAAACGUUCCAUUGCAUUUCCACGAUUGGAAUGUAGACUUUGCUGUUUGGUGUACUUACAAGUACCUUAACUCUGGACCAGGAUGUAUUGGAGCAAUCUUUGUUCAUCAGAGAUUGACUGAGAAAGGAGGAACUUCACAGUUUCCGAUGUUAAAAGGUUGGUGGGGAAACAACAUGAAAACUAAAUUCCUGAUGAAAGAUGAAUUUGAUGCUAGUGCUGGAAGUGAUAUGUUCAGAAUUAGUAACCCUCCGCCAUUAUUAGCUGCUUCACUGAUGUCAAGUCUUGAUAUUUUCAGCCAAACUUCAAUGGACGACAUUCAAAAGAAGCAAUUUCUUUUAACAGGGUACCUUGAAUAUAUGCUAAAACAUUAUUUCCAAAUGGACUCAUACGUAAAUUACGAUGAUGGUGAAAAUGAUGUCGAAGAGAUCAGAGGUUUACCAACUGUGAAAAUUAUUACACCUUCAGAUCCAAACCAAAGAGGAUCCCAGUUAUCCAUUAUGUUUUCAGUUCCGUUAACUGCUGUGCAAGAAGAGCUUCAAAAGCUAGGAGUUGUGUGUGAUAUAAGGAUGCCCAAUGUGAUGAGAGUAUCUCCUGUGCCGUUGUAUAAUUCAUUUGUCGAUGUGUACACAUUUAUUAACACUUUGAAAAAGGUUUUCGAUGAAUUUGAGACCAAUGGUGAACAAAAACUUGACCUAAAUUGUCCAUCAACAGACACCGAUAACUCUCCCAACAGAGGCUCUUCGAUCAGCAGUGCAUCAUCUGAUUCGGAGACAGAGUCAAAUGAAGCAAAUUCAAAUUGAUGUGAAUUAACUGGUCAUAAAAUGGAGCUCAAUGGAUAACUUGAUCAAAUCCGUUUUCGGAUUGAAAUUUAUUAAUACUUGAAUGUAAUUAUAAUAAUCACUCAAAUCAAUUUCUUUAUUAUACAUAUGUUUAUCCUUCCUCGUUAAA